GGCUACCAUUUUCUCGUUCCUAGUCGGGGUCAUGGACCGGCGCGAUCAAAGUCGCAGAUCUUUUCCCCUUCUCUCAUGUACGCAUACCGCUGUAUAUCUACCUUGCCAUCUUUGCCUGACUCCAUCAUCUCGCGCUCUAUCCCCGACAUGUGCUACUACCUGCUCGCUUACACCGAGUAUGGCUGCGGCCACCAACUCCUGGAUCGCCGUAAUUUUGUCGACUGCAAUCGGGUGACAUGCCGGCGGAGCAGGUUUCACAAUGUUGACGAGCACGACUGCACGAACGAGUGUACGGAGGAAUGGUCUGUAGGAAGAUGCUGA